CUUCUUUCUCCCAUCUUAUUCUAUGCGUCCACAUUUCAUUAUGCAUCAAAGCCUCGCUGUUCCAUUUCCUUUCUUGGCCCCGAGUCUGAGACACUUGUGUGACUGCCUCUGGUCACACAAUUGGUUAAAGUGCUAUAUAAAUACAAAACAUUUUCUUAUUGUUGAUUCAGGUUUUUGUUUCUAGGAGAGUUUAUCUAGCAAGAAAAUACCACGAUAUGUUUUUGAGCUAUUCAUCUUUUAAUCUAUAUAAUUUGUCACUUUCAGGAACACACAAUGUUUUUACAGUUUGCCUUGUACUAAUCUUCAAUCAACAUAAUGCACUCUAGAAUGUGUCCCACCCCUGGGUGGGGGUUUUACUCUACAAGAUGCUUGUUAGAAGCAAAUAUGGUUUGUUAUGUGUGUCUUCCUGUCCACUUUCCCCCUUUUCCAGUGGUCUCUUGCUUGAUAAUAUACUGCUUGGAGUUGAUUCAAUUGGAAGAGAGGGGGGUUUGUGCUAAUUCCCAGGUUAUUUGGCAGACACUUAAAAGGCUGUUCAAUGCGACCUUGAACAAUAUGAGAAUAUGGAGCCUUUUUAUGUUUAAUAUGGACUUUCUAUCAUAAUUCAUAAAGGAUCAAAUAUCAUUUGAUCAAAUUAAAUUAUUUAUAAGCUGUUUUUUCAGACACAUCUGCUCCCUCUUAGUGAGGGCCCUGCUACUCUCCCUCAGCACCAAUGGAUGACAUCUACUUAAACAAGUCCAGCAAAACUCUUCUAUUUUUUUUUAAUCUAGGAUGUCUGUCCUUGUUGGUGAAAAGGACAUGGAGAAAUACUCCACAGUUGAAAAAGGCUCUGUAAAUUUUUCACCAUUAGGAUUUCUAUAAAGUUUGUUUAGAUUUUCCAGGGGUGUUGGCUGUUGUGAAAAUCAACUCUGACUUCCUGCUUCCAAAGGAAUCCAUAAGAAGCCCUUACAGGAAGUGGAAAUCGCUGCUAUUACCCAUGGUGCACUGCAGGGUCUGGCAUACCUUCACUCCCAUAAUAUGAUCCACAGGGAUGUUAAAGCAGGGAACAUUUUGCUUACUGAGCCUGGUCAGGUGAAGCUUGGAGAUUUUGGCUCUGCCUCCAUUAUGGCUCCAGCCAACUCUUUUGUGGGCACACCCUACUGGAUGGCCCCUGAAGUGAUUCUAGCAAUGGAUGAGGGUCAAUAUGAUGGCAAGGUUGAUGUCUGGUCUCUAGGAAUCACCUGUAUAGAGCUGGCGGAGAGGAAGCCUCCUCUGUUUAAUAUGAAUGCUAUGAGUGCCUUAUAUCACAUUGCUCAAAACGAGAGCCCCGUCCUGGCGUCAAAUCACUGGUCAGAUUAUUUCCGUAACUUUGUAGACUCCUGCCUACAGAAGAUUCCUCAGGACAGGCCUACCUCCGAUGUGCUGCUCAAUCAUCGGUUCCUGUGCAGAGAACGCCCCCUGUCUGUGGUGAUGGACCUGAUAGUGAGGACGAAAGAUGCUGUAAGGGAACUAGAUAACCUGCAGUACAGAAAGAUGAAGAAGAUCCUUUUCCAAGAGACGCACAAUGGCCCCGCUCAGGAUGGAGCAGAAGAGGAAGAGGAAGUGGAUCAGUACUUGUUGCGGAUGGGCACAGUCAACAGCAUGGAGAGCUCUCAGUCUGUGCCCUCCAUGUCCAUCAGCGCCAGCUCCCAAAGCUCGUCAGUUAACAGCCUGGCUGACGGCUCGGAUGACAGCACUGAAAUGGCUAUGAUGGGAGAAGGAGAACACACGGUCACUUCUAACAGCUCUAUCAUACACCGGCCUUCUGGUCCUGACAAUAUCUACGAUGACCCCUACCAGCCGGAAAUCGACUCUCAACAGCCACAGCAACAGCAGGCAACAUCAGGAGCUCGCAGGAGAGCGCAUUACCGCAACCGUGACCACUUUGCUACCAUUCGCACAGCUUCGCUGGUGACAAGACAGAUCCAGGAGCAUGAACAAGGCUCAGCACUUCGCGAGCAGAUGACCGGCUACAAGCGCAUGAGGCGACAGCACCAGAAGCAGCUGCUGGCACUAGAAAACAAACUCAAGACUGAGAUGGAUGAGCAUCAGCUGAGGCUGGACAAAGAGCUGGAGAGCCAGAGGAACAGUUUCAGCAGUGAGGCUGACAAGCUAUCUAAGAAGCACCAGGCUAUCCUGGAGAAAGAGACCAAAGCUGCACAAACUGAGGAAAAAAAGUUCCAGCAGCACAUUUUGGGCCAGCAAAAGAAAGAGCUCACCAAUCUCCUAGAGUCACAGAAACGCCAGUACAGGCAGCGUAAGGAGCAGCUCAAAGAGGAGCUGAAUGAGAACCAGUCCACCCCUAAAAGGGAGAAGCAAGAAUGGCUAGUGAGGCAGAAGGAGUGUCUCCAGCAGUUCCAGGCAGAAGAGGAGGCUGGUUUACUGCGGCGCCAGAGACAGUAUUAUGAGCUCCAGUGCCGACAGUAUAAGAGAAAGAUGCUGCUAGCACGACACAACCUGGAGCAGGAUCUUCUCAGAGAGGAGCUGAAUAAAAGGCAGACUCAAAAGGAUCUGGAGUGUGCCAUGUUGCUGCGGCAUCACGAGUCCACUCAGGAGCUGGAGUUUCGUCAGCUGGGCCUGGUUCAGCACACACGGGCCGACCUCAUCCGCACCCAGCACCAGAGUGAGCUGACCAAUCAGAUGGACUACAACAAGCGGCGUGAACAGGAACUCCGACAGAAACACAGCAUGGAGGUCCGUCAGCAGCCUAAGAGCCUAAAGACUAAGGAGCUCCAGAUCAAGAGGCAGUUUCAGGACACGUGUAAAAUUCAGACGCGGCAGUACAAGGCCCUGAGGAACCAUUUGCUGGAGACCACACCCAAAUCGGACCACAAGGCCGUACUGAAAAGGCUGAAAGAGGAGCAGACGCGAAAGUUAGCCAUCCUCGCUGAGCAGUAUGACCACUCCAUAAAUGACAUGCUGUCCACACAGGCUGUGAGUAAGCUGCGACUGGAUGAGACACAGGAGGCAGAGUACCAGGUGCUGAGAAUGCAGCUGCAGCAAGAGCUGGAACUACUGAAUGCAUACCAGAGCAAGAUUAAAAUGCACACGGACACACAGCACGAGAGGGAAAUCAAAGACCUGGAGCAAAGAGUAUCUAUUCGCAGAGCACUGCUUGAGCAGAGGAUCGAGGAGGAGAUGCUGUCCCUGCAGAACGAUCGAUCAGAGCGAAUCCGAACCCUGUUAGAGCGCCAGGCUCGAGAGAUCGAAGCCUUUGACUCUGAGAGUAUGCGACUGGGCUUCAGCAACAUGGCACUAACAGGAAUCCCAGCUGAGGCUUACAGCCAGGGUUACUCUAACCCACCCUCUUCAGGUUCUGGUGGUUGGCCGUCACGCCCUGUCCCCCGCUCAGGCAGCCACUGGACCCACGGUGUCCAGAACUCUGCAGCACCGCCGUCCUGGAGGAGCCAGAACAGUACCCCUGCGUUCAGCCGAGGAGAAUCUAUCUCCAUUUCCAGCCGUGAGCGUGAAAGGGACGUAGAUAGGGAUUUUGACACUCCAAUAUCACGUGGCCUGCCCAGUUCUCUUUCAUCUGCCUCUUCUUCAUCCUCCUCCUCCUCCUCAUCUCAUCACCGCCUGCAUUACUUGGCACAGCAGUACCACCAUCAGAGCACACCUCACCUAUACCGAGAGAGAGAAAGGGAGAGGGAGCGGGAGAGAGAAAGGGAGCGAGAGCGAGAGCGUGAAAGAGAAUGGGGGGGCAACGGUGGAGGAAGCCACCGCUCAUCCUCAUAUGCUCAUGGUCACUCACGCCAUCUCUCCAGCCACUCAUCUUCGCAGUCUCUGGCAUUGCUCCCCCCUCCUCCACCGCCACCACCAGUCUCUUUUUCACCUUCGUCCCCACCAUCAUCAUCUUCCUCCUCUUCAUCUCAGGGCGGCUAUGGGGGGAGGAGCGAGGGUCUGGUAGUCAGGGGCCCCAGUUUAAUGGCUCUGAGGAACAGCCCCGGGCCACUAAGGAGGACUGCGUCAGGAGGGGGGCCUGGUGGAGCAGCUGGGGAUGGAGGGUUGAGCCGCAGCACCUCAGUCACCUCCCACAUCUCCAAUGGCUCCCAUCUCUCCUACUCUUAAAGUGUGUCAUCACGAAGCAUUCACCGUAAUCAACAGGAGACAUAGUGGAUACGUGUUUUUUUUUAGUAUUUAGAUGACUGAUUCCUCCUUUGAGUAGUAGUGUUUUGUGUGGAAUUAGUGAUCUUUAUUCCACACCUUUAACGAUAAUCAGACGGCUGUAGCCGAUGCUGUGACUUGGACUCUGAGUAGUGUUACGUACGGCAAACGGCAGACAUCACUUAUACUCUCUUGGUAGAUUGGUAGAUCUCAGGGCUACCAAGGGAGGGGUUAGGGAUUGGCUAGAGAGCUAAGUGUGGCAAACGGUGAGAGAAACGGUAGGUGCUUAAGAAUUGGAGAUGUAAAGUGACUAAGUUGGCUGGGUAUUCAUUCAGGAGCUCUGCUGGAAGACAAGUUUGUAGUUUUGAAAUCAGAAAUUUCAACACACUACCUCCAACUUUUACUCUAUUUUUUUUGAAAGAGCAGUGCUUGAUUUCCUUACUGUGGAGUGCUAGCACACACAACUAACACUACGCUAGUAACAAACUGUCAAGAUCCAUAGGAUCCAUACAAAGGUAGCCGUUACAUUCUAUUAGAACUGACUUUUCUUCACAAUUGAGCAGAUGGAGAUUGCUUACUAGGCUCCGUCAGCAAUGAAUUAUCCAGGCAGGAAUUGCUGCGACACCGGCUUUUGGUACUGCAACUUUAGACACUACACCACUUAACACUACAGAGCCCAUUCUGGUUCUGUGAUGGUGCUGUUUCAGCAGUUCCUGCUUGGAGACUUUAUGGUCCAAGAAUUUGUAACAAAACUGUUCAAUGUGAGCUUUACUAUUAAAGGAGAGGCAAUAGUGUCCGAAUUAGCAUGGUGUUGGUUUAAAGACAUUAAACUAAAACUGGGAGGAUGCUUUAAAAGAAUUCCAUGUAGUUAUGUAUAUAAUAAAACGAUACUAAAACUAUAUUAAAACAUACUGGUCAUUAAAAUGCACAUUUGUAUUAGGGACAAGGAGAUUUUUGCUUUUUGGUAAAACCUUUUUUUUUUUUUUUUUUUUUUUACGUGCUCAUUUAACUCGCACACUGCCACCCAGAGGCCUGAUCAACCUACAGUAACUCCGCCCACUGUCCUUAUAUGGGCAUGCUGCCAGUUUCAUUAGCUCUGGCUGAGCAAUAAUUCAUGGACCAUCUUUUUUUUGUGGUUACGUAGUAUCGCACACCCUGAGGUGUUUGAGUAUAUUGCAACGAGCAGUGUAUAAGUAUAUAAGUUGGUGCAUCCCCUUGUCUCUGUUUACAAAAUUAAAUGUAUAUGUGACGUACAUGUCAUAUGUGACGUACAUGAGAGCUGAUUGCAGUUCAGUGCAUCAAACACUAAUGUACAGAGGCCAUUUGUAUACAAACGUACACACUGCACAUUUAUAUAUGAGUGAGUAUAUAUGUGUAUUAUACCUGUCAAAGGUUUGACAGCAAGGUUUAAGUUCACUGUUACACUUUUGACUUAUAUUGUACUUAUAUAAUGCGUGUGUACAGAAAAGCACUAACUCAGAACUCUUGUAUAGGAUAAUCAUAGUUUUGCUAUGGAAACUAGUAAUUGGAACGUAAGAAAUGGAAGAAUACUGUUAUUUCAACUACUGCAGUUGUAAUAUUUGUUAUUCAAAACUAAUUCUUUUGUUUUUUUAUUACAUUGUUUUUUAUUAUUAUUUUAAACAAUUUCUUGCCAAUGUUGACCACUAGUUGGAGAACGCACGUAAUAUUACUGUGAUGGAGAACUUGAGACAAGUCUCAUUUUAUUUUUUUUUUUGUUUUUUGUUUUUUGUUUUUUAUAGGGAAAGGGCAAUGGGGGGGGAAAAAAGGAAAGACUACCUAUCCCAGCAUUCCUUAUUAUGUCUCAGGGUAGGAGUCUGUUGAACAGUGGAUUGGUGGAACUGUAGUAUUUUAGAGCCAGUAUUAAAUGUGUACAGGACAUUUUAAGAGAAUUUUAGUGUAUAGAAAGUUUCUAGAUAAUUGUAUGUUUACACCACAUCCAGCAUGUUUUGUUACACCAUUUUGCGCUGGGAUUUUUUUUUUUUUUUUAAACAUUUUUAUUUGGUAUUUAUUUUUAUUUCAUUUUUUUUUUUUUUUUUUUUUAUCAAUUUCUGGACAAACUGAGCUGUUUACAAUUUUACCCCCUCAAUGAAAAAAUAAAAUGUAAAAGUUGUGUUCACAGUAAACUGAAGCAGACUCUACACUGCCAGCUUCUUACAGGCACCAGUGUUUACUUGAAUGUGUUUCUUGAUUUUUAAGGUGCAAUACCACAAAUGCAGUGUGUGACUGGCUUCCAUUUUUUUGCUUUUUUUUUUUUUUUAUAUAUUUUUUUUUUGCUCGCAUUUUCUUGUUUCUCAUUCAUGACAUCUUAGUUUGUUGAGUGUGUAUUUCUUUACGUUUUGCGCUUCAUAUCGCAGUGUGUUUACCCUUGCAAAAAGGAGGAGAAAACACCUCUGAAUCUCUGUGUCUAGCUUUUGCCUGCUUUCUUUUUUUCUUUUGUGUUACAGCAAAACAUGCUGGAUUCAUAAUGGUGUCAACUGAAGGUGGUUUUUCCAAUCCUAGGUGUGAGCUUGAGAGGUGGAACUGGUCAGAAGAGCACAUGCUAAAAUUGCCCAAUUCUACUGUUGUAAAAGAAAUUGGGACAUAUCCAAGACCAAUGUGUGUGUGUGUAUACUUACACGGUGGAGUAUGUCCUCAAGGGUGUUUGUAUGUAGAGGCAUGUUUAGAGAGAGAAGUGUUUCUCAAAGAAGUGCUACACAAAAAGAGGCCAAACUAUGUUCAGGUAUCACAAAAGCAGGAACUUUCAAGAAAUGGGUUAUAGAACUUGUACAGAAUUCAUUAACAAGUAAUUAAAAAGGUUCAAAAUGUAAAA